AUUUUAUUAUUUGCAGAAAAAAAAAGAAGCGCGUUUCCAUAAAAAACCCUUCAGAGUUCAGACAGUGUUACUCACUCUCUUCGUCCCUCUCGAAACUUGACCUUCAAGAUGACGAAGCUAUUGCGAUUGCUGCAAUAUUCCAGGAAUUCUUUUGGAAAAUCUAUUGAUGGGAGAGAUGCUUCAAGGUUGCAUGCUCUUUCAUUCCAGGCUGGCAUUUCAACUGCUAGAGUUCAUUUUACUGAAAAAGAACGAAUAUUUGCUCCAUACUCUGUUUUCAAAGGAAAAGCUGCACUUUCAGUUUCACCUGUUCUGCCAACUUUCACUAAGUUGGAUUCUGGGCAUCUUACAGUUCAGCGCCGUGGUUCUUUGAUGCUAACUUUCAUGCCUGCUAUUGGUGAGCGCAAGUAUGACUAUUCGAGGAGGCAGUGUUUUGCUUUGUCAGCCACAGAGGUUGGGUCUUUGAUAAGCUUGGGUCCAAAAGAUUCUUCGGAAUUUUUUCAUGAUCCUUCAAUGUUAUCAAGUAAUGCUGGUCAAGUGAGAAAGAGCUUAUCAAUUAAGCCACAUGCAGAUGGUGGUGGUUAUUUUCUGUCAUUAACCGUUGCUAACAAUGUUUUAAAAACCAACGACUGGUUCAGUGUUCCUCUCACUGCUGGUGAAUUUACAGUUUUGAAGACAGCUUGCAGUUUUGUAUUGCCCCAUAUCAUGGGUUGGGAUCGGUUAACUGCUAAACUGCCCGGAUAUGUAGUUGGAAAUCCGCCGAAGGCAGAUAGGCUAGAGCCUGAGUUAGAGUGGGCUAGAUGAAGCCAUGCACAGCUAUUGGAAUGCUUUGUAGACCUAGAUAAGAUCGAAUCCUGUUUUGCUAAAUGAAGCCAUCCGUCUCUGUGUUUCAUCUUGUAUUGCUUGAAUUAUCUGCCCUUUCCCCUGUAGAUUCUUGCAGAUGGCAUAUUCAAACCAUAUGUAGGCUAUGUCUGUUUGUUUCAUGGAAAGCGUUUUUCAAUGUUCUGACUAUGGAAAUUUGGUCAAUGGAAAAUGUCUGCUUUUUGUUUA